UGCUAAUCAUUCAGUGCAAAGACCUAACAAGUUUGUUUAAGGUCUGUAUUAACAGUGAUUUGCUCCAGCUGAGAAGCCUUUCCACAUUCAGUAAGGGGACUUUUCAAUCAGCCAGUCCCACUUCAUUAAGACUCAAAGGAACAUGAGAACAGGACUGCGCCCUCUUGCUGGAUUUAUUUAGUCAUAAUUCUUCAAAAAAGGCUUUUUCAUGCGGAAUGACAUGUUAAAGAAACUUCUGAGCACAUCUCUGAUCAUGGAUGGAUCUGCUCCACGCUCUGGCCGCUCGCUGUUUGUGUGGCUGGUGGGAGCGUCACAGUUGCUGGGUGUGGCGUCCGUGGUGCUGACCGGUGUGUGGAUGGGUCACUACCGCGGGGGCUUUGCCUGGGAUGGCUCAGGGCGGGAGUUUAACGUGCACCCUCUGUGCAUGGUGCUGGGACUGGUCUUCCUGCAGGGCGACGCCAUCCUGGUGUACAGAGUUUUCCGCAAUGAGGCGAAGAGGAAUGUAAAGGUGCUUCACGGCGUCAUCCACCUGCUGGCCCUCAUCAUCAGCAUCAUAGGUAUUGUAGCUGUGUUUGACUUCCACAGAGCAGGAAAGGUCCCAGACAUGUACUCUCUACACAGCUGGUGCGGCAUGGCUACCUUAGUCUUAUUCUCCAUACAGUGGGUGAUGGGUUUGCUGUUCUUCCUCUUUCCUGUUGCGUCGUCAUGGUUACGAGCCUCAUACCUGCCCAUCCAUGUGUUCUGCGGUCUGGUUCUGCUGGUUAUGGCCAUAGGGAGCAGCCUGCUUGGCAUCACGGAGAAACUCCUCUUCAGCAUCACGCCGACCUACUCUCAGUUCGCCCCAGAAGGCGUGCUGGCCAACACCUUGGGGAUCCUGCUGGUGGGUUUCGGGGUGCUGCUGGGCUACCUGAUCACCAAGGAGGACUUCAGGCGUCCGCCGAACCCAGAGGAAGAGGCUCUGUCUGUCCACUUCAAGACCCUGACGGAGGGGGGGACCCCCACCUCGCCAUGACCACACCUCCCUGUUGUCUGGAUACUAACAGUGUCCCGCCAACCCACUGGCUGUGUACACAUGCAACAACAACACAAUUGGCCAUGAACGUGACAGUUAAUCAAAGUC